UGGGAGGCGGCGAAGAGAAGAGAAGGGACGCGGCUGCUCACACGCUGCCGGACCGCUACGAACCUGACAGCUCCCGGAGGAUGGGGAGCGUUGACGCUUGAUGGCAACCGCCGAGUCCCGUGUUUGACACGAACCCACAGGUGUGGAGUAAUGAGAGUGGACGAGGAGUGAAGGAGGCAGGUCCCAGUAGAACGUUGGCAGACAAGGAGGCUGGGCGAAGGAUGCUGGAGGCAGACGCAGAGCCGGCAGGCGCAGCAGCCGCGGAAGGAGAGAUGGGGAGCGGAGACCUGCAGGCCGACUUGGUGCGGCUGACUCUGGAGCUCCAGGAGGCCACGGAGGAGAAGCUGCAGGCCGCCCGCUAUGGCCUGGUGGUGCUGGAAGAAAGUGCUGCGCUCAAGAUGAAACACAGGCAGCUGGAGGAGGAGCAUGAGGUCCUCAGAGUGGAGCUGCAGCAGCUCAGAGAGGCAUUUGCAGAUUCCGUGAACAGCCAGAAGCGAGCAGCUGCCGACGGAGAGUGCCGGGAGGAGAACCUGCUGCAGGAGACCGCCACUAAGGAGGCUGCCAUGGCAACCCGCAUAGAGGAAGUGCAAGCGGAGCUCAAGCAAACUCGCCUCGCUCUGGGCAAUGCCCAUGCGGAGAUCGAUAGACUUGGAGUGGUCUCCGGCCAGUUAAAGAAGGAGUGCGAGUGUCUGGAGGCAGAGAAGGGCCACCUGAGGGACGAGAUGAAGGAGUUCAAAGUACGUGAGCUGCGCCAGUUGCAGGACAACGGCGAGCUGGAGGAAGAAAAUAUAUCUCUGCAGAAACAGGUGUCGGUGCUGAAGGAAAACCAGGUUGAGUUUGAGUCGAUGAAGCUGGAGCUGAGCCAGAAGAACGAGGAGCAGGAGGAGCUGCGGGCCCAGGCGGACGAGUCGGCGCGGCUGAGGGAGAUCACAGAGAUGCAACUGGAUGAGGCUCUGGAAGCCCUGAAGGAGGAGAGGGAGCAGAAGAACAGUCUGCGGCGAGAACUCUCCUCCCUGACCCUUCACCCCUUUGACACCGUGGGCAACCUGGAGCUGCACCUGGAGCAGCUGGACCGCAGCCGGGAGACGGGCCAGGGGGGCGAGGGAGUCGGCGAGGGGGAGGGAGAGGAUCAGGACAGCGGGUACAACAACGGUCCUGGGUCUGCUCCCGGUUCUGCUCACCCUCCUCACUCGGGGGGUUCCAAGAGUAACGGCCUCAUCCACUGCUGCUCUACGCCCCGCACCAGUGACGUGUUCCUGCGCGCGCCGGCGUCCGGGCUGGUGUCAGACCUGCUGAGCGAGCUGCACUUCUCAGACAGUCAGAAGCUCAAACAGCAGCUGCUGCAGGCAGAGCGAGAGAAGUCCAGUCUGACCAACAAGGUGGAGGAGCUGCAGAUGCAGCUGGUGAUGUCCAGACAGGCGCUCGGGCAGCAGGAGGACAAGGUGGGCUCGCUCACCAAGCAGCUGGAGGCCGUGCAGAGCAGCCAGCAGCACAACCAGGAGGACGGGGCCGACGACGACGGGAUGGACGAGGUCGGAGGAGAUGGCGUCUUUGACUACGAGGUGGACACCAAGAGCAAAGAGGUGCUGGAGGCGCGGAUGCGUUCGGCCAGCGAGGAGCUCCUGAAGCUGCGGGACGAGCUGACGCAGGCGGGAACUCGAUACAACACGCUGGAGCAGCGGCACAAGCAGGAGAAGGAUCGCUGGAGGGCUGAGGCCCAGGAGCUUGCCGACAAGAUCCGCCAGUGCAUCAAGUCCAGCAGACAAGACCAGGAGCGCAUUGGCGACCUGGAGAAGGAGAUCGGGGCCACGAGGAAAGUGGCCAUCGAUUCGGAGGGGCACUUGAGCGUCGCCCAGGAGGAGCUGCUGGCUUUCUCCGAGGAGCUGUCCAACCUCUACCACCACAUCUGCGUGUGCAACAACCUGACGCCCAAACGCGUCACCCUGGACUAUUACCGCGACGGCGCCAGGGCGGGUGGUGUGGGAAGCAGCGUGAGAAGAGCCCACCACGUCUUUGCGCAGCAAAACUCCCAGAAGAAGCCACGAGACAUGUUCACGUCCAAAGCGGCGGCGUUGCAGUUCAUGGGGGAGGUGGACAGCGCCGGAGCCACGGGAGACUCUCCCAGCUGCCCGGGGUCGCCCACCCUGGAUUUCAGGGACCCGUCCAACGUUAGCAACUUGGUGGCGGUGAUCCGCUGUCAGAUCAAACACCUCCGGGUGGCGGUGGACCUCUGUCGGCAGAGGGGAGCGAUGCCGUACUCGGGGCUCAUGGUCAGCGGGGAGUCAGAGCGAGACGCCGAGAGCCUCAUGGAGGAGGUUCUGAAACUCAAGUCUCUUCUCAGCACCAAGCGGGAGCAGAUCGCAACGCUCAGGACUGUGCUCAAGGCCAACAAGCAGACUGCGGAGUUGGCUCUGUCCAAUCUGAAGACCAAGUACGAGACGGAGAAGAGCAUGGUGUCGGAGACCAUGAUGAAACUCCGGAACGAGCUCAAAGCCCUGAAGGAGGACGCCGCCACCUUCUCGUCGCUCCGGGUCAUGUUUGCCAGUCGGUGCGACCAGUACGUCACGCAGCUGGACGAGAUGCAGCGGCAGCUGGCGGCGGCCGAGGACGAGAAGAAGACUCUGAAUUCUCUCCUGCGAAUGGCCAUCCAGCAGAAGUUGGCGCUCACGCAGCGUCUGGAGGACCUGGAGGUGCCUCUGUCCCCCCACAGUCUGAACAGCAGCCCCCGCCGCUCCCGGGCCAAAGAGCUGGCCACCAAGUCGGGCCGGGCCUCCCGCAGUCCCCGCAGCAGUCCCGCCCGGCCGCCGCUUAGGAGCAGCCCGCGGGCCAGCCCUGUUCUGGGCGUUCCCGCCAUGGCCACGCAUCACCUGCGGGCUCUGACCCGAAGCCUCCACACAAGCCCCCGCUGAAACUCUCCUCCCAUCUCUCCGAACCCCCUCGUCUCCGUAAGGACCUGACCCGUCUCCAUGUCGGCUCCCCCCGUCCGUCCGUCCGUCCGUCCGUCCGUCCGUCCCAGGUGUGACGCUACAUUCCCCUCGCUACCCAACACACAACCAUGGAUAAAAAAAAAAAGAGAAAAGAAGAAAAUAUUAAAAAUGAAUCAUCCUGCUCCCUCCUGAUCUUCUCUGCUGGGAGCGGAGGAACCUGCAUGCAGCCUGGAGGAGGAUGAAGAGGUGCUGGGUCUCGUUCAGGGCUCGUGGUGAACCACCGUCAGUAUUUAUUCCACUACGAGAAGUUUCACGUUCAGUAUUACUGUGUUUGUCUUUACACUCCUGGCGUCCCGGUCCGGUCGGGUCCGGUCUGUCUGUCCGUCCUGCGUCUGUUAGUGACUGUUAGUGACUGUAAGUGUCUGUGAGCCUGUAGAUCUUCUCCCAGGCCGUGGUUCUAAAGGGGCAGCAAGAAAUUUUAAUACAAUAUACUUUUUUUGUAAAAAUUCUGCGAAUAUUUCCUCCCCGUCCACGAGCUGGUUUCUUUUCCGUAAAUUGAAAAGAAAAAUUAAAAUUUUUUGGAUUAUUUCAUUAUCGAUUAAUCUUUCGAUUAUUUUUGCGAUUCAAAUGAUUAGUUUUUUGGUCCACAAAAAUGGUGGAAAAUGUUGACCGUGUUUCCUAAAAAUCCCCAAGAUGAUGUUAAGUUUUUGUCCACCCACCAAAGAUAUUCAGUUUACUGUCCGAGAGGAGCAAAGAAACCAGAAAUAUUCACAUUUAAGAAGCUGAAAUCAGAGAAUUAUGAAUUUUUUACCCAAAAAACAACUUGAACCGAUUAAUCGAUUAUCAAAAUAGUUGGCGAUUAAUUUAAUAGUCGAUUAAUAAUCGCUAGCGACAGAUGCUUCGACUCAAAGGUUUUAGCCUCGUGGUUCGUGUGUAUGUCUCACGUACCCGAGGGUUCGUGUCCCGACCAGAGCAGUAACAUCAUCAUCAACAACAAACAAUCUUUCUCCAAAAAAUGCUUACUGCCCCUUUAACAGAGCAAUUUAGCCUUAUUAAAAAUAAUUGCGAUACUUUAAAGAGUUUGAUAUCGUCUUGAGUUUUCUCCCUUUUUCCCCGGUGGUAUAGUUUUGACUCGUCAGGCUCUUUGGUUUCAGCCACGCCCCCUUUAACGUGAGGUCACCAGCUCAGGUCAAGCACAUCACGUCAUCAUGAUACAUGAUCUUUAAUAAUGUGCACCUUACUAUGCAGACAGAGUCCGGACACUGUUCUCUGCGAUUUAACGACACCUUCAGUUAACAGUGGCCGACGGGAGACAUUAUAAAAACAGCCAUAAAGAAUCACAAUAAUAAUAAUUAUGAUAAUAAUAAUCAGCUGUGAGUGUCCCAUUGGCCUCGAUUUAUCUAAAAAAUUCAACACGCUGGUUUUUAUCUAAAAGUGAAACCAGGCUGUUGGAUCAUGUCAUUGCUGCAAAAUGCAUAAUAACAGUUUCCCAUUCUGCUUCUGCUUCCUCACAUUUAAUAUUUCAUCCGUCAUUAUCACCACGAUACAGUGAGCAUGUUAUCACUCACAGCGUGCUCGUGUCGUCCACAGUUCAGUUGUGCUAAUCGUGGUAAUCGCAGACUGCUGCUUUUAGAAAAAAAUUUAAAUAACAAUCAUGUCCAAUAAUUAUUAAAAAUCAUUUUUACAGUGAUUAACAUGUAGAAGUCCAUUAUGAUUCACAACAAUAAAUAAAUUAAUGAAUUUAAUAAAUUAAAAUAUUUCAAAUGUGUAGAGAGAGAAAAAAAUGCUGUAACCAUGGAAACACAUUCAUUGAUUUUCUACAGUAGUUUCAUGACAUCAACAGUCUGAUGUGAAUAAUCACGACCACAUUUAAAAACGAAUGCAAGAAAGCGUUGGCAUUAAUUUUUCACGUCCGGUGGUUUGGUGAAGGAGCCACAUCCUGCUGAUUUUAUCUUUAUUUUUCUUAAGUUAUUAUUUUUUUAGUGCCUUGGUUUUGAUCUUGUCUGAGGUUUUGACAUCACAACUCUUCAACACUGUAGUUGUGAUUUUAUUUUUUUAAAGUUAGCUGCUCUGGGGAAACUCGUCGAGCAGCGUUAGCACUGAAUCAAAUGAUUUGUCAUUUUGAUAAAACAUUUUCACUUUUUUAGCGAUCAUGCCUUUAUGAACUCAUCAAUCAAUAACUCGUCAAAUCAUUUCCCUGGAAUUAGUUCUGGCCAUUAUUUAUUUAGUGAACUGUUACCGUGAGACAAGUAACUGUAUAAACAUAACGAAUACAAACACAUACAUACAAUAUUACAAUCAUUUUUAAUAACCAGUUCUCAGACUGAACCGUUUGUGAAUUUGUGCUUUAAAAAAAAAGUGAAAAUGUUUUAACCGAAUGUCUAAUUUACUUUGAAGGUUGUAAAUCAUUUUUCUUUGGAUCCAUUUAAUUCACUCUGUGCAGACGGGUGUAUAAUUUAUAUACCACUGUUGUAUAAUAUUUUAACUGUAUUUAUGUGGUCUGCGUUCUGUGUGCACACUCCACAUGUAAUAACUAUGUGCUCCUCCAGUCGACCUUCCAUCGACCUGUUAACCGCUUCUGUCAUGAAGAAUAAAAACAAGCCAACACUGAA